AUUGACAUCUUAUAACCUUAGUCAAACACCCUCUUACUUUUCUCCUUCCACUCCUCUCCAUAUCUGCUAAAAUUCAUAAUUCAAAGGGGAAAGGAGGUAGCAAAGGAGAGCGUAAGCAUGGAGGAGAACGGUGAAACAACAAGAUGGAAUUUUAAAGAGAACGAGAACUUGUUGGCUGCGUCUGGUGUUUCCAUAAGAGGGGUUCUUAACAAGUUAAUGCAGAGCCUUGACCCUUCUGAUACCCGACCCGCUAUCCCUCUCGGUCACGGCGAUCCUUCUGCUUUCCCCUGCUUUCGGACCACUCCCGUUGCCGUAGACGCUAUUUCUGAUUCCGUUCGCUCUGCUAAGUUCAACGGUUAUUCAUCCACAGUCGGCAUUCUUCCUGCUAGAAAGGCUGUAGCAGAAUACUUAUCUCAAGAUCUUCCAAACAAGCUGUCCCCUGAUGAUGUUUACCUGACAAUUGGAUGUACUCAAGCAAUUGAAGUAAUUUUGAAUGUUCUUGCACGCCCAAAUGCAAAUAUUCUACUUCCGAGGCCUGGUUUCCCUUAUUAUGAAGCACGGGCUGUUUUUAGCAAUCUUGAAAUGCGUCACUUUGAUCUUCUCCCAGAAAGUGAGUGGGAGGUGGACCUUAAUGCAGUUGAGUCUUUGGCAGAUGAAAAUACUGUUGCUAUUGUCAUUAUUAAUCCUGGGAAUCCUUGCGGCAAUGUCUACACAUACCAACACUUGAAGGAGGUGGCAGAGAUGGCAAGGAAGCUUGGGAUUUUAGUUAUCGCUGAUGAAGUUUAUGAUCAUCUCACUUUUGGAAGUAAACCAUUUGUGCCUAUGGGAAUCUUUGGAUCGAUUGCACCUGUUAUUACACUUGGAUCCAUAUCAAAGAGGUGGAUUGUCCCUGGUUGGCGACUUGGUUGGCUUGUUACAAAUGAUCCAAAUGGCAUACUAAAAAAACAUGGGGUCAUAGACUCCAUCACAGGGUUUCUCAAUAUAUCUUCUGACCCUGCAACCUUUAUUCAGGGAGCAAUUCCUCAGAUCAUUCAGAAUACAGAAGAUGAUUUCUUCUCUAAAAUAGUAAAUAUGCUAAGAGAAACUGCAGAAAUCUGUUACGACAGAAUCAAGGAUAUACCUUGCAUCACUUGCCCAAGUAAACCUCAAGGAUCUAUGUUUGUGAUGGUCAAACUUCAUUUGAACCUUGUAGCAGACAUUGAAGAUGAUUUGGACUUCUGUCUCAAGCUGGCUAAGGAGGAGUCUUUGAUAAUUUUACCAGGUGUUGCUGUGGGACUCAAGAAUUGGCUCAGGAUAACCUUUGCAUGUGAACCAUCAUCUCUGGAAGAUGGCCUCAAGAGACUAAAUUCUUUCUAUCAAAGGCAUGCCAAAAAACAAUAAGCUACUCUUAGAGGGAAUCUUGAUAUCUCUGCAUUAAGGGAAGUCUUAGAUUCAAUCCAAGAAUCACUAAUGAGAUCUUCAACUAGUCGUUGGAUCUUGUAUGAUGUAUGGUAGCUCAUAAAUAAGUUAGAUUUUCAACAAUUUCCUUGAAUCAUCAAAGGAAUGUAAUAUGUUAUUCGGAAUGGUAUCUGGUAGUAAGUACUAUAGAUAGACAAUAGCAUUGAUCUCCAAACUCCAGCUUACUGUUAAUCGAAAUAUUAACGUACUCGCAUUGCCAACUCCA